AUGUCCAAGGCAGCGGCAGGUGGUGCCAAGGGCCUCGAGCAGGUCGUCAAGAUCAUUGUCGGCGCCGGCCAAGCCAGUCCUAGUCCUCCCGUCGGUCCUGCCCUCGGUUCCAAGGGUAUCAAGUCGAUGGAUUUCUGCAAGGAGUUUAAUGCGAGGACGACACACAUCAACGUCGGAACGCCAUUGCCCGUCCGAGUCACCGUCCGGCCCGACAGAACCUUCCACUUCGAGAUCAGGACGCCUCAAACAUCAUGGCUAUUGCUCAAUGCGGCCGACGUCCCGAUUGGAAAGAAGGGCAAGAGGAAAGGUGCCCAGAAGCCAGGCCACGAGACUGUUGGGUCAGUUAGUCUCAAGCAUGUCUAUGAGAUUGCAAAGAUCAAACAGUCAGAGCCCCGGUUGUCCGGUCUGUCAUUAGAAGGCAUUUGCAGAUCGAUUGUCUGGCAAGCCAGGGGGAUGGGCAUCUCUGUGGUUGCUUAG